UCGAGUGUCCAGGUUCCUCCGCUAGCCCAGGCCGAGUCAGUGUCAGUCAGGGAGCCGGACUGCCGAACGGUGUGUGCGGACGCUCCGCUGCAAUCUCGCCCAGGGGCCGGUGCCUGCGCUCGCGCCGCCGGGUGGGAAGGAUGAAGCCGCAGCUGGAGCAGCCACCCUAUGAUUGGCUGUGGCGCUUGUGAACCCGAAGUAAAGAUGGCGGGCGGGCAGGCAGCCGCCGCACUGCCCACUUGGAAGAUGGCGGCGCGCCGCAGCCUCAGCGCCCGCGGCCGGGGGGUCCUGCAGGCGGCGGCCGGGCGGCUGCUGCCGCUGCUACUGCUGAGCUGCUGCUGCGGCGCGGGCGGCUGCGCAGCAGCUGGCGAGAACGAGGAGACGGUGAUCAUCGGCUUGCGGCUGGAGGACACGAACGACGUGUCGUUCAUGGAAGGGGGGGCGCUGCGAGUGAGCGAGCGGACCCGGGUCAAGCUGCGGGUGUACGGGCAGAACAUCAACAACGAGACGUGGUCCCGCAUCGCCUUCACCGAGCACGAGCGGCGGCGCCACAGCCCGGGCGAGCGCGGGCUGGGGGGUCCCGCGCCGCCAGAGCCGGACAGCGGCCCCCAGCGCUGCGGCAUCCGCACCUCAGAUAUCAUCAUCUUGCCCCACAUCAUUCUCAACCGCCGUACAUCGGGCAUCAUUGAGAUCGAGAUCAAACCGCUGCGCAAGAUGGAGAAGAGCAAGUCCUAUUACCUGUGCACAUCGCUCUCCACGCCAGCCCUGGGCGCCGGCGGCCCGGGGUCCGCAAGUGGCGCCGUCGGGGCCAAGGGCGGCUCCGGGGUGGCCGGGCUCCCGCCGCCCCCGUGGGCCGAGACCACCUGGAUUUAUCACGACGGCGAGGACACCAAGAUGAUAGUGGGCGAGGAGAAGAAGUUUCUGCUGCCCUUCUGGCUGCAGGUGAUCUUCAUUUCGCUGCUCCUGUGCUUGUCGGGCAUGUUCAGCGGCCUCAACCUGGGGCUGAUGGCCCUGGACCCGAUGGAGCUGCGCAUCGUGCAGAACUGCGGCACCGAGAAGGAGAAGAAUUACGCCAAGCGCAUCGAGCCCGUGCGCAGGCAGGGCAACUACCUGCUGUGCUCACUGCUGCUGGGCAACGUGCUGGUCAACACCACGCUCACGAUCCUGCUCGACGACAUCGCCGGCUCCGGCCUCGUGGCGGUGGUGGUCUCCACCAUCGGCAUCGUCAUCUUCGGGGAAAUCGUGCCCCAGGCCAUCUGCUCCCGGCACGGCCUGGCUGUAGGGGCCAACACCAUCUUCCUCACCAAGUUUUUCAUGAUGAUGACCUUCCCCGCUUCUUACCCGGUUAGCAAGCUGCUGGACUGCGUCCUGGGCCAGGAGAUAGGUACUGUCUAUAACCGGGAAAAACUGCUGGAGAUGCUCCGGGUCACCGACCCCUACAACGACCUCGUUAAGGAGGAGCUGAACAUCAUCCAAGGGGCGCUGGAGCUCCGCACCAAGACAGUGGAGGACGUGAUGACUCCGCUCCGGGACUGCUUCAUGAUCACCGGCGAAGCCAUUCUGGACUUCAACACCAUGUCGGAGAUCAUGGAGAGCGGCUACACUCGUAUUCCAGUGUUUGAGGGGGAGCGCUCCAACAUCGUGGACCUCCUCUUUGUCAAAGACUUGGCCUUCGUGGAUCCAGAUGACUGUACUCCCCUGAAAACCAUCACUAAAUUUUAUAACCACCCCUUGCACUUUGUUUUCAAUGACACCAAGUUGGACGCUAUGCUGGAAGAAUUUAAGAAAGGUAAAUCUCACCUGGCUAUUGUGCAGCGAGUAAACAAUGAGGGAGAAGGGGACCCAUUUUAUGAAGUUCUGGGAAUUGUCACAUUAGAAGAUGUGAUUGAAGAAAUCAUCAAAUCUGAGAUUCUAGAUGAAACAGAUUUAUACACUGAUAACAGAACGAAAAAGAAAGUGGCCCAUCGUGAAAGAAAGCAAGAUUUUUCUGCCUUCAAGCAGACAGACAGCGAGAUGAAGGUUAAAAUAUCACCACAGCUUCUCUUGGCCAUGCACCGUUUCCUAGCAACAGAAGUAGAAGCAUUUAGCCCAUCCCAGAUGUCAGAGAAGAUCCUUCUAAGGCUGCUAAAGCACCCCAAUGUCAUCCAGGAACUGAAGUAUGAUGAGAAGAACAAGAAAGCCCCAGAAUACUACCUCUACCAGCGAAACAAACCUGUAGACUACUUCGUUCUCAUUUUGCAGGGGAAGGUGGAAGUAGAAGCUGGGAAAGAAGGUAUGAAAUUCGAAGCCAGUGCUUUCUCCUACUAUGGUGUGAUGGCCCUCACAGCCUCUCCAGUUCCUUUGUCCCUGUCUCGUACCUUUGUUGUCAGCAGAACAGAGUUGUUAGCAGCAGGUUCUCCAGGUGAAAACAAGUCGCCGCCUCGCCCAUGUGGCUUGAAUCACUCAGACUCUCUCAGCCGAAGUGACCGGAUUGACGCGAUAACGCCGACACUGGGGAGCAGCAAUAAUCAGCUCAAUUCUUCGUUCCUUCAAGUCUACAUCCCCGACUACUCCGUGCGAGCCCUUUCUGACCUUCAGUUUGUUAAGAUCUCAAGACAGCAAUACCAAAAUGCCUUGAUGGCAUCCCGGAUGGACAAAACUCCUCAGUCUUCAGACAGUGAAAACACUAAAAUUGAAUUGACUCUUACGGAGCUGCACGACGGGUUGCCAGAUGAGACAGCCAACCUGCUCAAUGAACAGAACUGUGUGACACACAACAAGGCCAAUCACAGCCUGCACAGCGAAGGUGCCAUCUAGGGCGCCCCCCCACCAACCCUCGCCCCCACUCCCGAGGCCUCAGGCCAGCUGACCGUGAAUCCCAUUAGCGUGAGCUUGUGUGCCGUGCUGCGUCCUGCAACAUCCUGAGACCAAAGACUUUGUUCCCUUCCUGGAAGCAGCAGAGGAGGACGGUGAGGGUGGACUGGAGACCAGAGGUGUGAGAUCGACAGCUAGGGCAUGGCAUCCGAGAUGGUGGAGACGAGCCUCUUCCACCCAAAUAGAAUCAUGUUUAUUUUUUCAGUUGUACCUUUUAUUCCUUAUUCACUCUCCUCCUUCCUCAAUUUGCAUGAAGUUGAAAAUUGUUGCGGUUUAUUAUUUUUUUGUCCCCCAAGAGAUCAUGUUUUUAAAAAGUGUCUUUUGCAGAGUUUUA